AUGGAUACCAAGCCUUCCGCCCUGCCCAGGCCGUCCAGUAGGCUGCCCGUGCUGAACAAAGCAAGGUCCGCCCAGGGUUCCGCACCCCAAGCACCAGAGCCUGCGCCCACCGCGAAGACGACCACUGGAGCCUCUCGCGUGGCCAAACGUGCAUCGUCGGCCACGUUGUCCCGCACCUCCCAAACCCCAAGCAAGGACGCUCCCACGAUAUCAAAACCAGUCGCCACCCGCUCCAAUCCGCCUAAUGGCUCCAAGAAUGCUUCUGCCAGGGCGUCGUCGACGACAGGAGGCACCAUCUCCUCGCGCGCGAAGCAGCUCAAACGGCCCUCCUCGACUAUCUACGCAAGGCCGCCUGUCAAUGGAGACGCAGAAGAUCACAACGACCAACUAAGCUCACUGGAUAGCUUCCGUUCUGCUUCUCGCCAAGGCCUGCGAUCUGCGUCAUUCGAGGAAACCCCCUUCGACAUCCAAGAUGAUGGCGAUUCUCCUCCCGACGAUACCUUUAAGUCAAGGGCUUCGAGGCCCUCGCUGUCAGAUCGAACCAUUGAGAGCUUGCAGUCUCUGCCCUCCACGCCUAAGGAGCGCCGAAGGUCGAGUUUCUUCAACCCGGUUGAGAGCCCGAUGGGCCCGCCACCUAGGCCUGCUUCGAGUCUUAGUCGGAACGGAAGUAACAACAGCAGGCCAGGGACUAGCGAUGGCAACUUUGUGAGACCGCCCAGCAGAUCCAGCUCGCCAGCCAAGAAAGCUCCUGCCAGUGCUCAGCCAUCGUCGCGGACGACGUCAAGAGUGCCUAGUAUCAGCUCCACCACGUCCAGCCGAAGGAGCGUUAGCGGCGGAUUUGCCAGCAAGUUGCAGGGUGCAAAGCUUCCGACUGCAACGAUCCCAUCCACGCCAGCGAAGAAAUCGGCAGCACCUCUUAGCAAUGGUCAUGCAGCGAGGCCUUCUAUCGGUGGCAAAGCCGCACCAACAGCAACGCGAACAGCAAAACCGAAGCCUGCUCUAGGCGGUCAGCCUGCACCAGCUAAACGAGCCGAACCUGCUGGCACACCAGGGACUGCGCCAGGUGAACCCAAGCGGGUUGUCUCCAACUCUUCGGCUGCUUUGCGACAGCAAAUCGCUGCUGCCAAAGCGGCUGCGCGGAAGGAGAAAGAUGCUGUCAAGCAUGACUCGCCGCAAGGAUUUCACGCGAGUGAAGACGAUAUCAAGUUUGCUUUUGAUCUCCACGCCGAUCCUUUCAACCAAGCGCCCAGAGAUGAGAAGCACAUUCUACGAAAUCGCAUCAACACCGCCCGCAUGGAUGGCAAGCUCAAUAUUGCGGCAAUGGGGCUCAAGGAGAUCCCUGUCGAAGUCCGUCAAAUGUAUAACGCUGCUUCAAUGGAAGAAAGCAAAGUCAAUUGGGCUGAGGUGGUCGAUUUGACGAGAUUUAUUGCGGCAGACAAUGAGUUCGAGCAGUUGGGUGAUGAUGUGUUCCCAGAUCGUUCCGCUGAGGAUCUAUCGGCGGACGAAGAAGGUGAAGGCAAUCAGUUUGGCGCUCUGGAGCUGCUUGACCUUCACGGCAACUCGUUGCAAAAUGUACCCGUGGGUUUGCGGCGACUGGAACGGCUGACCACCCUCAAUCUGUCACACAACAAGCUCGAGAACCCUGCCCUCGAUGUGGUUGCUCAAAUCAAGACAUUGAAGGAACUCAGACUUGGCAACAACAGCCUAACAGGGAAUGUGCCGGCCUCGAUAUGUGGCCUGCCAUAUCUGGAAGUACUGGAUCUGCAAGCAAACAAGCUUCUUGGCCUGCCAGAAGCACUGCGAGAGCUCGUGGCCUUGAAGGUGCUUAACGUCUCUGGUAAUCAGCUUACUGCUCUACCGAUGGAGGCCAUUCAACAGCUGCCGUUGGUAGAGCUAGAUGCCAGCAGUAAUGCUCUCAUCAUGUCGCUGGUCCCGCUAGGCGGCCCUAGUGGCCAUCCUACCUUGCAGAUACUAAACGCAGCCAACAAUUCGUUGGCCGCCUUGACAUUCUACGAGUCCCUGGAUAUGCCGCAGUUGCGGACAUUGGACGUGACCAACAACCACCUGACAGUACUGCCUGCUGUGACUGGAUGGACUGAGUUGAUCACACUGAUGUCAGGGGACAACAAGAUAUCAGACUUCCCGGAAGGUUUCACAAGCCUUCGCAAGCUCCGAAAUGUCAACUUGUCAAGCAACGAGAUCCGCCUAGUCGAUCCUGAGAUUGGACGAAUGGACAGUUUGGAGUCGCUCAUACUGGCUUCCAAUCCACUGCGGGAGAAGAAGUUCUUGACCAUGACCGCUGCAGAUAUCAAACGGGAUCUCAAAUCCAGGUUGGCGCCAGAGGUGGACGAUGCCGUUGACCUCGACGAGCCUACUAGCCCUGUGACUGUGAUCGGCGACUAUGAGAGGCCUUCUUCGAUGUGGUCGUUGAAAGCCAGUGGCGUAUUGGACCUGGCAUCGAAGGACCUCUCUGAUGACCUGUCACCCGUCCUAGGCUCGUUUCUGAACAGCAACGAGGUCAGGCAGAUACUGUUGCAAUUGAACAAGAUCACGUGCAUACCACCGGCGUUAUGGAUGGGCCAAGAACUCCGAGUGCUGGACCUCUCGGACAACAUUAUGAGCGCAGACUAUCUGUCUGACGAGCUGCUUCUGCCAUCUCUGCAGGAACUGAACUUGAGCAAGUGUCGCAUCUCAUCGUUCGAACCUCUCACAUCACAGCUGCAAGCACCGAGCCUGCGAGUCCUCAAUGUUAGCACCAACCGGUUGGCCGGUUCCCUACCGGCGUUGCGGUCGACGUAUCCUCAGCUGACUACACUCUUUGCUAGCGAUAACAGGAUGACAUCAAUCAGUGCCGAUGCUCUUCGUGGCAUGAAUACAGUCAAUCUAUCGAGCAACGACAUUGAGCAGCUACCUGCCGAAGUUGGCUUGCUCUGGGACGAGGGUCUAAAGAACUUUGACGUGGGCAGCAACGCGUUCCGUGUGCCGAACUACAGACUGCUCGAGAAGGGCACAGAGGCUACACUGCGGUGGCUCAGGGAUAGGUUGCCUGCAAGCGGCGGCGUUGAAAAGGGAGCUUGA